CGAUUGCCGUUUUUGCUCUCGAGCUCGUCUCCUCCUCCUCCUUCUUCUUCUUCUUCGUUCUCUCGGUUGUUCGAACAGGAAAGAGAGAGAGAGAAAGGAAGGAGGAAUCGAAUGGCUUCCCAAAUCCUGAGGCGCGCGAUCGGAAGCCGCUCGAGCCACUUCCUCCCGUCGACCCACCGGAACCCUAAUUUCAGCUCCGGCUCCGGCUCGCUCCUGUCGGCCGUCGCCCGAGCCUUCUGCUCCCAGGCCCCGAUCCGCGCCACCCUCUUCCCCGGCGACGGCAUCGGCCCCGAGAUCGCCCAAUCCGUCAAGCAGGUUUUCCAGGCGGCUGAGGUGCCAAUUGAGUGGGAAGAGCAUUAUGUUUCAAAAGAAAUAGAUCCUAGAACCCAAAGUUUCCUCACAUGGGAAAGUUUGGAAUCUGUCCGUCAAAAUGGUGUAGGUCUAAAAGGACCAAUGGCCACUCCGAUUGGAAAAGGUCAUCGCUCUUUAAACCUCACAUUGAGGAAAGAACUUAACUUGUAUGCAAAUGUUAGGCCUUGCUACAGUCUUCCAGGCUAUAAAACACGGUAUGAUAAUGUCGAUCUCAUCACCAUCCGGGAGAAUACCGAAGGGGAAUAUAGUGGACUCGAACAUCAAGUUGUGAGAGGUGUUGUUGAAAGCCUUAAAAUUAUUACUCGACAAGCGAGUCUGAGGGUGGCUGAAUAUGCUUUUCACUAUGCCAAGACCCAUGGAAGAGAGAGAGUCUCAGCUAUACACAAAGCCAAUAUCAUGCAAAAAACUGAUGGUCUUUUCCUGAAGUGUUGCCGUGAGGUUGCAGAGAAGUAUCCUGAGAUAACAUAUGAAGAAGUCGUGAUUGACAAUUGCUGUAUGAUGCUUGUUAAGAAUCCAGCACUAUUUGAUGUGCUAGUGAUGCCCAACCUCUAUGGCGACAUAAUUAGCGAUCUGUGCGCUGGAUUGGUGGGAGGGUUGGGUCUGACCCCAAGCUGCAAUAUUGGGGAGGGAGGCAUUGCUCUCGCAGAAGCGGUACAUGGCUCAGCUCCUGAUAUUGCUGGAAAGAUUGACAAUUUUCUGCAUCCUACUGGGAUAACAUGCUUGAAAAUUCAUCAGUCCUGAGAGUGGAAAAUGCAAAUUUUGUGCGCAAAUCGAGCAGAGUAUUGUUGGCUGGGAAUUUCCUGACUGGAGAUUUACUAAUGCACUUUAAUUAGUUGCAGGACCGUUUGCACUUGGAAUGAUCAUUUGCAUACCUAGUCAAGCUUGUCUAGUCAGCAGUUUGGUCGUUUCUCGUGUUCAUUCAUUCCAUUUUUGAGUUAGGGAAGAAAUCACCGCCUCCUGUUAGUGUUGAUGUGAUUCUCGGUGACUGCGACCGAGCAUGUGAACAUUGAACAUGUGACAAUUGCACUGGUCAUAUGGUCGUGCAUUUCGACAUGUAGUGCCUGUGUUUACUUCUAACUCGGCUUGCCUGGAUCUGAACUUGGAAGGUAAUCAGCUUUUCGCGAGGAGUUAGGGAUGGUCCCAGACGGUUAAAUCCAUUAGCAGCAGUUUCGGUUAAAUCCAUUGGCAGCCGUUUGUUCUUACGGAAGUUUAUCAACCUUAGAAAACUCGAGACGUGUGGUCAUGCGCUUAGAGGAUUUCAGGGGCAAUGUGAGGUUAUAAGGUGGAUGACGGUAGUGCAGGCACAUGUGCAUUUCGAAACGACAGCGAUGAUUUACGGACUUUCUUGACGGAAACUCCUGAUUUGAUAGCGGACCGCCUCUCGACGUCUAUAGCGAAUUUGCCAGAACAUUGGCAACGCAGGAUACAUUGAGCUUCUGCUCGAGCCAUUAGGCAGGUUGUUGUUAUACAUCACAAGACCCCAGCGAGUCGAGCGAAAAGCUCCAGGCUCAUGGCAUGCUGCUUCAUCGUAUACAGGAAAUGGACACUGUCGACCAAGCUGGAGAUUAAUGGGGCCCGGGAACUGUGUAAGCCAUUUCAAUGAUUACUGUCUCAAUCUUUCACUUUC